UUGAAAAUAAAGGAAAUCCUCAACCGUCAGAGAACUAUCUCCUUCGAAUUCUUCCCGCCUCGGGAGGCCGACGGUGUACCAGCCGUCGUUGACGUUGCGGAUCGGUUGCAACGAUUUGCACCCGAUUUCGUUUCCGUAACCUACGGGGCCGGCGGAGGGACCAGGGCCUUCACCGAAGAUAUCACCAUGCGCCUCAAGCGCCGGGAGGACAUGGAAGUGAUGGCCCACCUGACCUGCGUCGCCCAGGAUCGCGACGAGGUCCACGGCGUGCUCGAGCGAUUGAAAGCCGCCGGCAUCGAAAACGUCAUCGCCCUCCGCGGCGACCGCCCUCAAGGAACCGAGGACGAUCCGCCAAGCGAGCAUGAAUUCGCCCACGCUACUGAACUCAUCCAGCACAUGCGCGCCAAUUUCGACUUCGGCGUCGCGGGAGCCUGUUACCCGGAAGGCCACACCGAGUCGACCAGCCUGCAAUCGGACAUCGCCUACGCCCGCAUGAAGCAGGACCUUGGCGCCGACUUCCUUAUCACCCAACUGUUUUACGACAACGCCCACUUCUAUGCCCUACAGGAACGCGCCGCCGCUGCUGGAAUCACCAUUCCCAUCAUCCCCGGCGUGUUGCCUAUUUUGAGCACCCCGCAAAUCCGACGCUUCACUUCCUUGUGUGGGGCAUCUAUCCCGUCGCAGCUUGACGCCCGCCUGGACCGCUUCGCCGAGGACAAUCGGGCCGUACGCGAAAUCGGCAUCGAACACGCCACCCGUCAAGCCGAGGACCUUUGGUCCAACGGCGUGCCGGGCAUCCAUUUUUACGUUCUCAAUCGCACCUACUCCGUUUCCCAUAUCCUGAGCGAUUUGCAUAUUGGGGGACACGGCGGCGAUUGA